CGCUCUCUCUCAUUCUCUCUCUACUGCAACUCCUUCCCUCUCGCCAUCAGUGGGAGAUGUAAGGAGAGAGAUUAAAUGGGGAAAGAAAGGAAUAUUCAAUAAUUUAAUUUAUUACCAAGAAGGAAAAAGACACAUACUUUCCCUGCAACCUCAAGUAACGUAGGGCCGUAUAUAUAAAUGGUAGGACGAUGGCUGACAUUAAUUACUCUCCCCCCCUUGUCUCUCUCUCUCUCUUCGUCUUCUUUGGUCGCCUGGAAAACCUGUUGAAAUUGGUUUCGGUUUCUCUCAGUGGUGGUUUGAUGUGAAGAUUAGAGUCUCUUCUGUCUCUCUCUCUCUCUCUCUUUCUGCCAUUAUUCGUGUUGUCCCUCGUCAGUUUCUAGUUUCUGUCUCUUGGGGUGCCUCGGUAUUGAAGUUGGCGGCCUAAUUCUCUCUCUACAAGCUCUUCCUUUCCCGGCCACCUUCUCUUGGUCUCUCUCUCUCUCUCUCUCUCCAGUUAUUCUUGAUUUCCUUGGUCAAUUUCGUAUUUGUGCCGCUGAGAAUGCCUCGCCAUUGAAGUUGGUGGCCUCUUUCUCUUUCUAAAACUGCGUUAGGCGCUGUCUCUCUUUCUCACUCAUGUCUGCGGAGAUAUCAGAUGAAGCAACAAUCCCAGCAGAGCCAAGCGGCAAUAGAAGCUUCAGCAGGAGGACAAGGUCCAGACUGAAGAGGGGGGAAGCAGGCAGAGCCGCGGCGGAUGAGCAUGAGGCCUGCAAGCGCAGGACCUCCCUCUCCUCCAUGCUCCUCUCCUUAACGCUAGGCAACACGCCCGGCAAGAACUCUUUCAGAGGCUUCGGCUGCACCUCGGCGCCGGAUGUCUUCAACCCCUCUUCUGCACACUCGUCUGUCCGGCCGUCGACUGCCGAUUGGGAGGUUAAGAAGGCGCGGCCGAAGCCGGUAAAGGCAAGCGGCGGCGGUGAAGGGAGAAAGAAGAAGACCCAUGUGGUGGAUUCUGAUGUCUGGUGUGCUCCAGGGAUCCCCUUCUCCACCGACGCGGACUCCGUAGACUGUGUGGUUUCUCGUCGGCCGGCCGAAUCUUUGGGAACCAAGAGGAGCUCGCGGCAUCAGAGAAGUGUGGCGUCUGAUUUCUCCUUCGACGUCGAUACCAAGCACAGAGAGCGCCUUCAUAGUGGAAGACCAAAUAGCAUCAUGGAGCAUAUCUCUGAAUUAGACCCUGUGCCUGUGUUUGAAACCUUGUCCCCCAUGCAUUAUCGGCACUUGCGAGGAGUACGACGUACAUCAGGAGACCUUGCAGAGCUCGUUAUGCUUCAAACUAGCCUUCUUUUGGGUGGAGUGGAUUUGUGUGAUCAGUUUAGGGAUUGGCGGCUUGAUGUUGACAAUAUGACAUAUGAGGAAUUGCUUGAGCUUGGUGACAGGAUCGGAUAUGUGAGCACAGGCUUGAAUGAGGAUCAGAUCGCUCGUUGUCUAAUGAAAAUGAAACACACAGGCUCCUUAGCAUCACAUUUUUCUUGUGAAAAAGAAAAGAAGUGCAGCAUUUGUCAGGAGGAAUACGAAGGAAGAGAUGAAGUGGGAAAGCUAGAAUGCGGACAUAACUUCCACAUGUGUUGCAUAAAGCAAUGGCUCUUGCAGAAGAAUGCGUGUCCUGUCUGCAAGGCUGCAGCAUCUCAUUUUUAGAACAAAUUCUCUUGCUUGGUUUUCAUGAUUUUUGCUUCCUUAGUUCCCUGUUCUAUCUCUUCGUCUAUUACUUGUAUAGUCUGGGCUUUGCAAUAAGCGAGCGCUUAUUCUUUAUCUUGUUGCAAUCUGGUUUUACCAAAGUUCUACUAGAAAGUAUGGCCCUUCUAUGUGGCUAGCUAUAAGUUCGUUAAUAUAUCCAUUGCUUGGAUUUUCUUCUUGCCCUA